CUCUUGUUCGUUUUGGUAUUUCGCUGAUUUUUUCGAAUUCGCCGACAUCUGCCUUUGGAUUGUGUGUGUGCUUUGCUACGGAUCCUGUGUCGUAGAUCUGCUGGAACGCGUGUAGGAAUAAACCGCUGUGGUGUUGUUCAGUCAUAUCGAUCGCAACUUCGUUGCGUUGAGAGCCCUCCGCGUUCAUCUUCAACUUCUAUUCGAGAGAAUCAAUCGUUGACUCGCCCGCUCAUAUGUUGUGACUCGUUGGUAGGUUUGACCAUCGACGCAGCGGUUCGUGCCGUGAUGCCCGGCACCCUCUCUCCCUGUCUUGCGAUCUUGUUCGUCAUCCAGACGAACGGCGUGGGUAACGAGGCUAAGCACACACACCCGGUCUAUUUUCAAGAGGAUUGUGCCACUACUUGCGUGCGCAACUGCAACAAUGCCCCCCGACGACCCCGCAGGAAGUUAGAACCGGAGGUUGCAGCAGUAUCACUUCCAUCCUAUGGGACCAUGGGCAUCCCGCGAUCAGCAAGAGCAGAGAGCGAAAGAGGAAGCUAUCUCGAACUUGCAGUCCGCUUACGUCCGUCUAGCCCCCUCUCCCCUCGAGGGCGUCGGCGUCUUCGCUAUGAGGGAUAUCGCCGAGGGCGUGGAGGUGAUGCGGUGGGAUUGGCAUAAGUACCCGAGUGUUUUCAUCCCAGAAGAAGAACUACGGGAACGGGUCCCGAAAGAGGUCUUCGAUCAGCUACGGAGGAUUUGGCACGUGGAUCAGCACGGACAGGUGGCCACCCCGCUCGACUUCACUUCGACGCUGAGUUACAUCAAUUUCUUGAACCAUUCCGAUCAGCCAAAUUUGUCGUUUGGGUACUCUAACGGGGGCUACGUGACGUCGAGGACCGUGAAGCGAGGAGAAGAGCUGUUCAUCAACUACGACCGGGAUUACUACCCGGGGUAUACCGCUGGCUUUCGCGCCCGCGAGUCGUCUGCGGGCGACACCGCCUAGACACAGACUGCCAUUCACGCCACGGGUAACCCAAACCCAUGCUAGACAAGUAAGGCUUCUUAAUUUAGACGGUGUUUUUGUAGUAAAACAUCCGUGGCCUACCUACGCCCUUUCGAUAUGUUAGAUAUGUGGUUCUCCCGAUGAUUUUUGGUAUAAGGCUAGGGAUGCGUUCGGGCGAAAGUAACUGCCAGCACGAUGUGUUACAUCAUUUUUCUUGCCGCUGUGCUCGUUUGCGCGCUCGUUAAUCACGCCCUCCUCUCUCCUGUUUUCCACAAUAAGCGGGUGUUC